UCGAGCUCUCCAAGGCGCGGCGACUCGCGGCGAGCCCUAACCCUAACCCUAACCCUAGCAACCAGCCAUGGCCAAGGAGGCCUCCGCCUCCGCGUCGGCGUCCGGGGCGGCGCCGGAGCUCGGCGGCGGCGGCGGAGGUGGAGGGGACACGCCGCGCCGGCGCCGCACGCGGUCCCGGUCCGACCCGCUCCUCAUCGUGUGCCGCUGCUUCAAUGUCGUCACGGCCGCCGUCGCGGCGCUCUGCGUCGCCGUCAACGUGCUCUCCGCCGUGCAGUCCUUCCGCGCUGGCCUCGACAUUUUCGGGGGCAUAUUCCGGUGCUACGCGGUGGUGAUCUCGCUGUUCGUCGGCGUGGUCGAGACGGAGUGGGGAUUCAUCAUCAAAUUCUGCAAGAUUCUGGAGUACUGGCCUGCAAGGGGAAUGCUACAGAUCUUUGUUGCCGUCAUGACAAAGGCAUACCCAAAUGUUGAAAGGGGCGAUUUGAUUUUGCUUCAGGACAUUGCCAGCUAUCUUCUUCUUGCAUGUGGACUGAUCUAUAUAAUCUCAGGUGUUCUGUGCAUUGGUGUGUUAAAGCGUUCUAGGCAGCAGAAAGCAACAUCACGAGAACAAGCAGUCAAGGAUCUUGAGGAGCUGGAGAAACGGAGAGAAGAACUUGAGGCACUUCUUAUUUCUCAGAGGUCUGAAACGGUCUGAUGAGUGAUGGGUGAUGGCUCGUACCAGUACCAGGACGAUCCGACAAUCCUUGUUCAGUGUAGAUAAAUUGUUUGUUUUUGUUACUGCUGGUUGUCUACUUGUUGUUCGUGAUCAAAAUUUGAAAUAUAUCCAAAAUUACUUUUGUUGAAGUAUACUAGAACUUCUUUGUCAAAGCUAGUUUUCCUUUUCGUUUCCACUGUAGUUCCACGCAUCUACCUGUAAUGCCAAAUUGUCAAUCAACUUUUUUUUUGUGGGGGAAGCAAUGUAAUCUACUCAGUAAUUAGACUGAUUAUACAUCAGCAACAUGUCAUCUAAUAUAAUUAAUA